UAUCUGGGAUAUUGGGUACGUACCACCUCUGAGGUUACCCAAUUGAAGUAAGUUGUGGACAUCCCAAGGAAAUCGAAUAGCACGAACCCUUGUUGCAGUGUUGGCAUCACUUGACUCCACUUCCGCGUUUUCAAGCAAGCCAGCUAAACAUCACAGCUUCCUCCCCCUCCCAACGAGAAUGGAAAUCAGACUUGCAACAGUGCUGAAUAUUAAUUGAACUAGCUAUGUAAAGAGUCUCGUAGCUAGCUUAUAAAUUGAACGGACCAUUCACUGUCAAAACAUAUCCUUGCUUAAACAGUGAAGCGGCUUUCAGGAGGCAAUGGGGGGGUUGGGUAAUGGUCGUCGAGGGGGGCGGUCUCCUCCUCUUAUGAUUGGUGCUCUGAUCGCUUGUGUCCUCGUCCUGGGUUUCAACUACUGGGUCUCGAACUCACGGAACUUGGAGUUACAGACAAAGCUGUACGAGUUGGAAGCGCAGAUGCGUCGGGCGGCGUCAGAGCGUGGGGCAGUGGAGGUGAAGAAGCACGAGUUCCAGGAAGAGAUUCAGCGGCUGAAAGAGGAGAGCAGCCGCAUGCAGAGCCUGAACAAGAGGCUGGAGGGAGUUCACAACACCUGUAGCCAGGAGAAGGCAAGCCAACUGAUAAAUAUAUCCUCCAGUACCAAAGUAAUACAGGACCUGAAAAGUCAGUUAAAUGAGCUAAAUGAGGACCUGGGUAAAGUUCAGAAAGAGUUCCAGAGUUGCCAAGGCAAUCUUAACACCCUGAACAAAAAACUCACCUAUGACAUGACUCAGUGUAACACUCAGAUACUAGCACAGAGGGAGGACUGUGCUGAAAAGGUGGCUGCAGCCAAGCGGGAAGUUCAGAAGAAACUGGAGAUGAAGAACCCAGCAGUGUCCUCCCAGACAAAUGCAGCACCCACACAGAAAAUUGGCUCCACUGAGGUGGGCGUGCCAGAUAAAGAGGGGCCUGGGAAGGCAGGGCUGGAUGACACUAAGACUACUCCUGUCCACGGCCACGCCCCUGAACCAUCAGCGGCCAAAGGUCCUGCAGUGGACCUCAAAACCUCAGAGCUGGAGACCAAUGAGAUCGCAGUAGACAAAGCUCUAGACACUCCUGCGCUAUCCCCUAAAGAGUCCCUGCCCUCCACUGAUGCUAAGGGCGACCAACCGGGGCUUGUAGAGGGGGCCAGUAAGCCCCGGAAAAAUAACCUGACCGAGGACCCGGAGCUGGAGGUGAUGGACACACACGGAGGAGAGCCUCAGAUAGAGGAUGCAGACCCUGGUGCUGAUGACAUUCAGCUUAGCCAGUGGAAGGAAGAAGAGGCUCCUAUUGGUCAGGAGAAGGUGGAGGAUCCUGAGGAAGAUUACGACGCAGACAAGCCGAUAGUGGGCGGGGUCGACCCAGACCAACGGAACCAGAUGGCUGAGAACAUAGAUAAGGAGGCUGAGCGGGAAAUGCAGGAAGAGCUGGCGGACUACAACGGAGACGACGAGAACGAAGGAGAGUUUGAGGCUGACAAACAGGCAGAGCUCGCUCAGUUCUGAGGUGGUUGGAGAAAGGUGGGAGCUAAGACCCUCCUCAAUCCACUACCGAACCAGGAAGGGACUACAGCACCUCAACAGAACUGUUGUCAAGACUACAGUCUGUAAAACUUCUGCUCUUUCAGUGAAAGCAUCUCACGGUUCGCCUUAAUAUACUCAAGUCUUCUGCAGUGAAUGUAUAUUUUGUCGGGAAAACAGACUUUGGAUUUCAGAACUGCUAUAACCAUGGGUGAAACGAUAGUUUUUUGAUAACAUCCCAGAUUGUGCUGAUAAGAGAACUGUACUCCGAUUCACACUCUAGUCUUGAUAGUGACUUAAUGUGCAGUUAGUUACACUUCGCAGUAGUUUCAUAAACCAAUAGAAAAUUAGAUGUCCUGCUGUAUGACAAUGUGAAUAAGGUUUUUGUUUCAUAAUUUGAAAUGUUUGCAGGGAUCACUCAACCCUGCAUAGUCUAAGCUUGAUGGUCAUGUGUCCUGCUCACCAUAGAAUAACUAUUUUGUAACUUGUUGGUAAAAGUGGCCUCUGUGCACCAGGCAGACCCACAACUGUAAAUGUUUCAGAUACGAUUGUUUUUUUAUAGCCCACUCAAAAUGGUAAUUAUGGUUGAACACAGGUUAGAUUUUUUUUUCUUCUAUUUAGAUUGUUACAAUGGAUUUGUUGCUUACUGAACUGUUAAAUAAUCUGUUUUUUUUAUUGAGGAAAUGUAGCACAGAAGGAUGACAAAAUAAAUCAUUUUAAUACCAUA